CGCAGCUGCAGAUCCAUUCCAGGGCAGGCAACUCGUGGCCAAUCCAAUAGUCAGAGAUACCAAGUCAGAACCAACUUUAUCACUUUAUUGAAUGAUUGACCGAGGUAGGGGAAAAGCGUCGUCUCCACUGCCAAUCGCCCCGCGGUCUUCACUCUUUGGAUGCGGGGAUCCGGCGUAAUAAAGCCCAGGGGUCUUGCCAGCUCUUUCGAAAACAACAAAAAAAAAAACACAAAAACAACUGGCAAAUGUCCAUGUCGGCCUACACAAGAAGGGCGUCCAAGGCCUGUGCCUGGUGCCACGCCCGCAAGGUGCGCUGCGACGCCACCACCCUGGGCCGUCCCUGUACGCGCUGUCGCCAGGAUGACCGCAACUGCGUGAUGCGGAAGAAACUCAGCACAAACCCGAAUCGCCAACGCACCCCGCCAGAGCCAGAGUUGGCCUCUAUGCCCGUCGCUGUUCGCCUCGAGCGUGCCCCGGCACCCACGUCAAGCCACGAUAACCACGUUCAUUUCUCCUCAUAUCCAUUCCUCGACUUAAACGGCUUUUCGUCGAUGACCCCGGAGGAUGUCGCGUUUUUGAACUCCAAGGGCUGUCUGCAAGUCCCUGCUCCUGUCUAUCUGGAGGAGUUUGUACGACAAUACUUCCUGCACAUCCAGCCCUGCACCCCCAUAAUCGAUGAGUCGGUCUUCUGGGAUUUCUAUCGCAGCGAUCCUUCUGACCCGUCGACGCCUAUACUCUCGCUUCUCCUUUUCCAGGCAAUGCUGUUUGCAAGCUCUCCCUACAUUUCGGUUGAGACGGCGCGGCUCUGUGGAUUCGACGACAAAAGGAAUGCUUGGAAUGCGCUCUAUCAACGGGGAAAGUUUCUGUAUCAUUUCCAGAGCGGCGAACCAGAGCUCGUCCGGGCGCAGGCUGCCCUGCUGUUGACCUUCCAUACCUCUGCCAGCCAGCCCCGGGCUGCCAGUCUCUGGCUCACCCACGCAGUUCACGCGGCCUCCGAAGCGAGCCUUGAUAAGGAAUUGUAUGAAGAUGACCACGAGGCAGUAGAGGCAAUCCGCAGUCGACUAUGGUGGUCAAUCCUCAUCCGAGACAGAAGUAUUUCCCUGGGGCUUCGCCGCCAGCCUCAACUCUCGUCCCUGGAAUUAAAGAUGCUCAAAGAUCUGCCUAGCGAGGAAAUGUUUGAAGAUGAGAUUACUGGUUCUCGCGUAUACGACCCAGGCACCAAACGAAUGCUCUUCAUCGUCUUCCAAAGCCAGUGCCAGCUAGCACUUCUGCUCACAGAGAUGGUCUCCGUCGUCUUCGGCACCCAGGGCCUGUCGUUGCCCUUGUUAUCCCCCGAGGGGCUUGAGCAUACACUGGGUGUUCUGAGUAGGAUCAGGAUGUCGUUGGAACUGUGGAAGCAGGAGUCGCCGUUGCCCCAUACUCGGCACUCUCCUGCCCACAGCGCUGUCAUCAAGUUCACGCAGUUGACAAUGGUGUACUACCAAACAGCUCGGAUGGAACUCGCCCAUUAUGGAGCCUUGUUAAUCGAGCGACACCGGGACUACGUCGGCGGGGAUUAUACGAAGCACCUUUUCUACACGGGAAAUAUGCUUCACGAUGCGACAACUCGCCUGGUCACGCUUCUGGAAUAUUUCAGUAAUAAGAGCAAGGUUCAAAUCCUGCCUCUCACGAUAGUCGGAUUCAUGUCGAUGCCACUCAUUCUCAGCGCAAUCAACUUCAACCUGUCGUCGACAGAUAAAGAGCAGAGGUCUCGCCGUCUGCCUCUGGAGUGCCUUUGGCAGUUGAUGUCGCAGUCACGCCGAGUCUACGACGUGACUGAUUUCAUCAGCAGCCAAACCGACGACAUUCUGCAUCUGGCAUACCUGACAUCCCAACAAGUAUUUCGCGACACCGGCCCUGUGACGCCUGCAAGUGCGAGUGAUAUCCGAACCCAAACCCAAACCCAAACCCCAGGCAGCUGCGCAAGAAAUGAUAUGCAAGUCGGAAAGGGCCGAGUCAAGAACUGGCACGACGCCUUCCUACGACAUACGCGAGCAUACCUCUUGCUAGCCACCACCGUCGAUUAUUCCAUGUCUGUUGGUCGACUACCAUCGAACAAUGCUUUGCCUGAGCUGGUGUGUGUUAUCCCGUCAGUGGGAAAGGUUCAAAUGCCAUGGAUAUCACAACCGCGUGCCGCUCGAAUCGAGGCGAGAUCGAGACAGGUUGCUGUUUCAAGAGAGGAAGAAAGCGAGGAAUUGGCAAGUCCUGACACUGUAGCAACCUCAAGUGCUAUCAUAUCAAGUACUGAAACUGGAACUACUCCAGCCCUACAAACGGAUCGCGGGUCUGUUACGCAGUUGGACCCUGUCGAGAAUGGCGGCGGCAGUUCAAGUUAUGACUUCGACCACAGCUCACUCUUGCAUGUCAACCUGGACUAUCUGGAUCUGGAUGUUCUUGUGAAUGAGUCCCCCAUUGUAGAACAGGACAAUAUGGUGGAAUGGAACCAGUCCCCGCAACUGAGCUCUACCGUCGCGAUGGAACAUCCUCUGGCAACAUCAGAUCUUUGGCCUAUGACGGGCAUGAAUGCUUCUUCCGACACUAAUCUGCACGGUCUAUUGGAGGACGGCCUCGUAACUCCGGAAUUUAUGUGCUCGUGAUGGGAUGGCUGUAAAUGGGGUCGCUGUACAUUAUGCAUUAAGUGGAGUUUGCACUAUAACCUUUGUCUAUAACCUUUGUCUAGAAGAAGAUCAAGAAUCGUCGACGCCCGAUAUAUGCCCGAUUCAUCAUCUCAGGCUAGAGGACGAUCAUUUAGCCGUGAAAUACCGAGCGGUUGGUGCAGGAUCGGGGGGAAAUGCCGCCCAAGCCAGCAGGCCCGGAAGAGCCAGAGAGCGG